AUGAGUAGUAAGAAAAAGAAUAUUUCCAAAAUUGAUGAUGGUUACGAUGAAGUGGGAUAUUUCUGCGGAUGGAUUAAAAAAAAGAAUUCUAAAAAUGUGAAUAUUGAAUAGAGCAGGCUGUCGGUAAAUAAACAGACAAGAAACUCAUUAUAUAAAUCUGUACUAGACACCAGCAACCAUAAUUGCUCAUCACAAUUGAACUAAUUAAAUUCAACUAACACUGAAACACAAAGAUAAAUUAGUGAUGCCUCCCCAUUUGUAAGCAAUUUUGUGGUCCCUAGCUUUGAGAAUAAUUAUCCUUAAAAUUAGCUAUUCUAACUUAAGAAUAAUUAAAAUGGAGACACCAUUUUUGCUAAAAUCACAUCAACCAAAAUCGAAGUGUCCAAGUCAAUGCUCAUCAACGAAGACAUCUACAAUAGUUAAAGAAUUUCAGACCAGAUUUCUAAAUACAUUGCCACUCGAAUUAAAGACUAGAUUAAUUCAUUAGCAGAACUAGGAUGUGGAGAUGGAGGAAACACUGUUCAAGUAUGAUAUGAAAUAAAUAAAAGUUUGCGAAUUAUUUAGACUUUGUUAUUGCGAUUGAUAAAUCCACUGAAGCAUGUUUGAAAACUAGAAAAAACUGUGAUAAAGGUAAUUAAAAUCAAGAUUUCCCUAAUCCAAAAGUAGAAAUCAUAAAUUCAGAUAUCUUUAAAUUAAAACGGCGUCUACCCUUUGAUAGUAUUUUCAUUAAUCCUACAAUCAAUUCAGAAUCUGCCUUUAUUUGUAGAGAUUUAUUAAAAGAUUGUCAACCUAAUUUGUAACAACUCUUAAUGACUAUUUCAGAUCAGAUUGAAAACUUAAUUAUCCAAUUUCCUGCUCAAAUUGAUUAUUCGCAAUUACCUCUCUUAUUAAAUAUCAAUCAAUAAUAUUAAAAUAACACUUAAUAUAAAUAUUAGUCACUUGUAACAUAACAAAAAUAAUAAUCAUUUAUUGCUCAUUGUUCAUUAGAAAUUGAAAAAAUUUAUGUUAAUGGAGUACACGUCCAAAAUAUUAUUUAUUAUGGCAAAAUUGCCAAUAUUUCAAGAGAGGAAUUAAGAUCAAUCUUAACUAUCCAAUUAUAAAAUUAAGAAGUUAAACCAGAAGCAAUUUAGAAUGUUAUUACUAAAUUGAAAGAUAAAAUAGGUAUUUAUUCACUUUUAAUUGAUUUAGGAAGCUUAGAAGUUGUUUAUGAAUUACUUCAAGCUUAGAGUUUCAAGUACAAUAUCGAUAAAUUUUUAGAAGUAGUCUGUGAUAAGUAUAAAUUAGACUACUGUGAUUAUGGGUUUAUUCUUUAUCAAAAGUUAUCGAAGUAAUAUUUGAGAAUAAUCAAUAAUUAGGGAAUUUUCAUAGAAUACAUUUAAUUAUCAAUAUAAAUUAAGAGAUUCGAAUAAUGAAUUACAAUAAUCUGAAUGUGCAUAUAGUCCCAAGUUCUCUUAUAAUUUGAAUGGAUUACAAAUAGAUGACUCUGAUUCUGUAGAAGAAAAUGAAGAAAUUGAAGCACUGGGAUUAAGUUAGGAUAAAAAGUAAAAUAAAUUGAAAUGA